AUGUCGGUAAAAAACAAAAUGCACGUGAACCAACUGAAUAAAACACUAUUUAGGGAAAAUUACAAAAUUAAAGGAAACUCGAGAGAAGAUAUUGAAUUGAUGGAAACCAUCGAAAAUUUUAGUGACGACAUAAUGAUGAACAACGACUCGUUUGAGAGCAACACAUGUACUAAGUCUUCUACGAAAAAGGUUAAUGACAAGGGGAAUGAGAAAACUAAAAAUGACACUAAUUUGAAGAAUUUGAAGAAAAAAAAUGGGGCUGCUAACAACAACCACGGUGGGGGAGGCAGUGGUGGCACCGACGGCAGCAGCAACAACAACAACAGCGGUACCACAAAUAAGAACAGCAAUAGUGGCAACAAAAAUGAACAAAAGUUUUUUGCAAAUAUUCCACAGAUAUACGAAACGCAUGACUCGAGUGCCAAGGAGGAACUGCACUCAGAUCCCAACAAUGAGGAAGACGGCGUGAUGUACAUCCUUUCCAAUGUCAUGGCUGUGUUAUACAUAAUCGUGGCGAUAGUGACCAUCCUGCAUCUGCACCUGGACGAGGACCACGCAAUUAUCAAAGCCAUCAGCUCGCUGAAGCUCCGAUUUGUCGCCCUGAUAAAAGACGUGCCGGCUUUCAAAAACUUAAUGAUAACCGUGGCGCUAAUCAAUGUGAAAAUCAACACCCUCCUGGAGGAGGGGAUGGCCAAAUGGAACAUCUUCAAGCCGUACAUAGAAGCACUGAAACCGCUGAACACCGAAUUCACAGUUUUGUUCACCAUUUUAAUCCUCAUGUUUUUUACGGCCAUCUCCAUUUUGAGCAUAAUACAUGGAAUUAUAAACAUGAAAAAUGACAAAAUUCUGAUGGAAAAAGAAAGUAGUGUUUUUGUGACGAACAAAAUGACAAUAGAAGAAUACGAAGAUAAGUCGUUCACUUAUAGCGAGCUAGCCAAACUGCAUGGGGACAAGGAUUAUAUUUGUUUAAAAAAUAAAAGAGCAGGUGAAGGUAUUGAGUCAUGGAACUGGCAAGUGAGAAAAAUGAAAAACGAAAAGGAUGACAAGGAUAUAUGCAGUGAUAUCGAACUUUCAGACGGGGGAGAUAACUGA